UUUUUUGGGGUUUGCUUACGCCGUAAACACAAAGCGAAUGGCUGAAGAGUUCAAAGACUCUACAGUUUGGACAGGAAAAACUAUUACCAAACUGAUAUUGUUACAAAAAGUGAGUUGGUGGUGGAGAGCUGAUGUACUUCUUACUGUUAUUCUAUUCUCCAUAGUGGGAAGCUUGAAAUGGCGAACCAACUUUUUGGAGACUGACCUCACUUUUGGCUUAACUCUUGGAUCAACAGCUACAAUAGUUGCACUCUUUCUUUUAUUACAGUAUUGGUCAGUUGCAUUUCGUAAGUGGGUGGGCUAUUCUCUUGCAGACUACAACACGGCAACUCACGUUAUGGUCUAUCCAAGACCACACAAGGGAAGUACUGAACUUCUUCGACUAGAAUGCGACACCAACAACUCAAGAGAAUCGAUCAAAUAUUUUGUAUUUCAAAAACGCAGAUUUCAGUAUUCACCUCUUCACCGACAAUUCCAAAAAUUGAAAUAUCCAGCUGAGGAACCACUCGAGUUUUAUCCUUCGAAUAAAGGAUUCGACUCCGUAGAAGAAGCUAUGGAAAGAUUGAAGACAUAUGGAGAAAACCGUUUGGAGAUUCCGGUACCGAGUUUCUUGGAUCUAUACAAGGAACAACUAUUGGCGCCUUUUUUUGUGUUUCAAGUCUUUUGUGUAUUACUUUGGUGUCUCGAUCAGUAUUGGAGAUAUUCUGUGAUGACAUUAGUAAUGUUAUUGGUAUUUGAAGCAACUGUAGCAAAUGGACGAAGAAAGAGCCUUCGGGAGCUUCGAGGAAUGAAAAAUAGACCAUACCAACUUUACGUUUAUCGUUGUCGAAAAUGGCAAGAGACUGCUUCCACUAAGAUAGUUCCUGGUGAUAUUAUUUCAGUGACUCGAUCAUCGGAACCUGAUCUUGUAGUUCCUUGUGAUGCACUAGUGUUGAAUGGUAGUAUAGUUGCAGAUGAGUCUUUGCUAACUGGUGAGUCUAUUCCUGUUGUGAAGGAUGCGUUAAGUUUAGUUUCUGAAACCAAUCCUCGACGUCCAUUGAGUAUGCGUGGAGAAGAUAAAAAUUCUGUUAUUUUUGGUGGAACGAGAACGCUACAAGUCGUUGUAUCGGAAUCCUUUUCUUUAAAGGCACCAGACAAUGGAGCCAUCUGUUAUGUCUUAAGAACUGGUUUUGGUUCUGUUCAAGGAAAAUUAAUGCGAACUAUUUUAUUGUCUACUGAAAAGGUAUCGGCAAAUGCCAAAGAAGCCGCAUUUUUGAUUCUGUUCUUGUUAUUCUUUGCUUUGGUUUCAUCAGCAUAUGUAUUGAAAAAGGGAUUGGAAAGUCAAGAACGUAACCGUUUUGAGCUUUUAUUGCAUUGUAUAUUGAUUAUUACUUCGUUGCUUUGACCAAAGAAGGUAUCUUUUGUACAGAGCCAU